AUGAAGCUCCAAGCCCCCCUUCUCCUGUGCGGUGCAGCGCUUUCGUCUGCAGUCUUCGUUCCCGAACCGACCUAUGCUCCCAUCGAGGAUGCCCUUUUCCGCAGAGCCGACGAAUGUCCAGGCAAUACAUUUCGAUGCCCUACGUCACUGGGGGCUGCCUUUAGCGAUGUCUGCUGCGCAAAUGGCCAGAGCUGUGCCUUUGACAACAACAACAAUCCCGCCUGUUGCCCAUCUGGUCUUGUUUGCACGGGAACCGCACCUGGCCAAACGGCUACUGGCGCUGCGACAGCGGUUGUGUCAUUCGUCCCCAACUCGUACUUCUCCUUCCCGUAUGCCUUCACCACCUACGAUGACCGGGCAGAGUGCACCUCUGCUCUUCUGGCCUGCUCAGAGAAUUACCAAAUCUGCACGUCUAAGCUGGGAGGUGGUACCGCUACAGGCAAUGGGCUCGCCGUAACAAUAGCAGUGCCUGGCGGCGGAGGUGUCACAGUCGGGGCUCCAAACGUCAACCUGGGCGCCUCGGCUACUUCGGUUUGCUCCAGUCUAAGCUCGCAGGCUUGUGCCAACUUGGAAGCAACGCCGUGCGAUAAUUACAAAGAGUCUGCGGCCCAACGACAGGCUAGUCAACAGAGGCAUCUCGUUUCCAUCGUUGCCAUCCUUGUUGCAGCUGUCGCUAUGGGUUGA